AUGGCAUCCUUGAAGUCCUGGGGCACGGCGCCAUCCUCCCAGCAUCUUCGGUACAACCACAAUAGCUCGUUGUGCAGCACAGUGCCACUGUGUUUUAGCACCUCAGCCGGUUCUGCUCUGAAAUGCUACCAUUGUGUUGCUCGUAAUGGUGGCAGCUGUACUACCACUACUGAAACCUGCGGCUAUAAGAAAGACACCUGUGUCUCUGCUCACUUCACCAACCGCCCCUUUACCUAUUUCAGGAGAUGCAUCUCUUGGUCAGAUUGCCUCAUUCUCCAGGACAGUGAUUACGUUGAAGCCAAAUGCUGUCAGAGUGACCUCUGCAAUUAGGACACUGCUGGACCAUGAAUAUGCUUGAUCUAAAAGAUGAUCUCUUCACUAUUCCUGUUUUCUGUUCAUUUUACUUUUCAAUUAUAUAUUCAGCAACAUCAGGAGGAUCUUCGUUUCUUUAUCUGGGUUUGUUUUUAUUCAUGCAAAGCCUGAAAAACCUGUUCUGAAAAAAAAAUGCAUUUUAAAUAAAAU